UACAACCUGGAACUGUCCAAGUACAGCGAAGCUGGUCUGUCUCCCGUUGACGGCAAGUCAAAAGACGCUCCGCAGCUCCUGCGCCUCCUCCUUGAAGGUGCAGAUCGUAAUGUUGGCGGCAUCGGAUACUCACGUGAGCCAUCACUCUCCGAAGAGGUCUCCACCGCUCACAGCCCCUCCUCCACCUCCCCCGAUGAGAGCGCUGAAAAUGCCGCCUUCACUUUCUGCCCUCCCGAUGCUGCAGAGGAGUUUAGAGGUUUGGUCUCUGUAGCUGACACUCGAACCGACUCGGUGAAACGUCUCUUUACCGCGAACAUGAUUAUGAUUCCUGCAUCGGCCCUUAUAUCCCUUAGUGCAUCGCCUUCGGCCUUCGGAAGUGAGUUGCACGGCCUAUCAGCCAUGCUGGGCGACAGCACUCCAAUCGGACAACUUACGGAACUUGUUCUCCAGCGCUGUGUCACUUUCCACAGACGCAUUCAGUCACCAUGUGCCAGUUGGAAAAUGUUCUCGUGGCUGCCAAUUGGUAUAAUGUUCUCUGUUUCCUGGGAACAGCAUGCCUUGACACUGCGGAACAUUGUCUCGUUUUAA